AUGGGUGAAGUAAAACCAAGUUUGCAAGAUAAUCCUCGAGGAGCUCUAGAACAAUACAUAAUUGCUUUACAAAGUGAAUCGAAAAUGGCACGAAAACAGGCGCUCGCGAAAAUAAAUGAGGAAAUAUUUGAAAACCCAGCUAACAGUGAUUGUGACUUGACCACCGUUUUCCCAGAAGUGUAUGCUUAUGUGUUAAAGAGCUUUUCCGAUCCUUCCGAAGCAUGUCGAGAUGUUUCAGCGGCUAUUAUAUCUAAUUUCAUAGAGAAACUCCCUUUAAAUGACUAUUAUCUAACCUAUAUCCUCCCGGUAAUAGUCCGACGUAUUGGUUGCCCUGAAAUAGUCGAAGAAUCGGAAGAAAUUCGUCUGACACUUAUCCAAUUAGUCCAUAAAAUUCUAGACAAGUAUAAAGUAGUUCAUCUCUUAAGCCCAUUUAUCAAUGAUUUAACAAGUAUUCUAACCAAAACAGUCACUGAUCCAUUUCCAAAAGUCAAGCUUGAAGCUUGUGAAUGUAUAAUAGCAGUUACUAAAAAUUUACAGAGAGAUUUUCACUUCCAAUGUGAAAAUUAUGUAAAGCCUAUAAUAUCAAACUUUGCGCAUCAGCAUUAUAGGGUCAGGGUGGCUGCUAUCAAGGCUAUAGGAGCCGUAGUCAACUCAGGUAAUGGUAAGUGCUUUGAGAUGUCCAUCACACCGAUGGCUGAGAAACUGUUUGAUGAAAACAAUCAAGUGCGUCUACAAGUCACCCUAGAAGUGGGAAACUGGAUGCUCAAUUACCGAGAUAGAUAUUCUUUCUGGCAUAAGAUGAUACCUCUUCUUCUUACAAGCCUAAGUGACGUAAUGGAAGAUAUCAGAGAAACUGCCAGUUCCUUCUGGAGGGAUGUCGGACUACAAUAUAUGGAAGAAAAUGAAGAAGAUCUUAAGAAAAAGGCUGAUUUUCUCAAAGACGUACCCACUCAUUACCCUGCUAAUAUUACAAGACCUAAUAUGGGAUGUAGGACACUUGCUCAGCAUAAUAUUGGGAAGAUUGUCCCCGCUAUUGUCCGAGAAAUGGACGGAUGGCAAGCAGAUGCUCGGCUUCGCGUAGCACAAUUAUUAUGCUGGCUCAUUUUAUGUGCUGAAGAGGGGUCCACUCAGCACGCCCAAACUAUCGUUAAAGCGAUGCUAAGAGGAGCUGGUGACGAAGAUAAUAGAGUUAUUCUCGAGAUCAAACGUACAGGUGAGCUGUUCGGCUACUUCAUAAAUCCUACUACUUGGUGGCCGCUCCUGGAAGCCGAUGUGGACUCAUGGCCUGCACUAUUGGUGAUUGCCAAUAUUAUAAAGGGCUCUCAGGCGGAAUUGCUCAAGGAAAAAGUUUUAGAGGAAUUGUGCAGAGAACUGGCUGACCCGGAUAGGUGCAGGACUAGGAAACCAAAAUACCAAACCGAACUGCUGCAUGUUUGCGAAGCUCUAAUGGAUGUGUGCGGCGAUGCUUGUACGGCGGUUGCAAACGAUCUCUUCACUAUAAACUUUACCGUUUAUGCCAUGCCGUAUGAUAACCAGAUACAGUUCAUGGCAAUAUCUAACUUAGACAAGCUGCGUUAUAUAGAAAAAUGCGGGAAGACUCUGACCACCUUGUAUGAGAAGCAUAUCGGUAGAAUACUGGCCGGUGUCACUAGCGACGCUCUCACAUGGAGUAUACUCACACCAGAUAGAUGUUUGCUGGAGUGUGUGAUGUUGCACUCUGGAUCAGCUAUGGGUGCUCAACUGCAUCUAAUAGCGCCUCUACUGAAGGAGUCCUUGGCGCCUUCCAAGGUAGACCCGGAGGUUAAGUUGAAGAUCUUCACGACGCUGUCCACGGUACUUGUACAGCGGCAGACCAACUUUAGGAAGUGUGACACCGAUAAAUUGGAAGCAUUCCUGAAUAUUGUUAUUGAAGAGGUGAUACUCCCGAACCUGGUGUGGACCGCUGGACGGACGGCUGAGGCUAUCAGAACUGCUGCAGUUGCCUGCCUGUGCUCUGCUCUCCAGGACAACCCGCCUAUUGAUGACGUACUCAUAGCUGAGCAAGGUGGUGAUGGGGAUACGGGCGAUACGGAAGUUAACCUAUUCCCAACGAAGGAAUCUCUAGCACCAUUCCUGGACAAAAUGGUGCCUCUUCUCGUUGGUCUGGUGGAUGAUAAUUCGACAUUGACUAGACAGCACGCGCUUAGGGCCAUCUGCUGCCUCGCGACCUUGGCUUCUAGGCGAUGCUGUUUCACUGCGGAAAUACUGCAUAAACUCUACUUUGGUGUCGUGAAGCGUCUAGACGACAGCAGUGACAAAGUGCGGUCGUACGCUGUACAGACUCUGUGCGCGUUGUUCAGCCGCCGGCCCGAGCCGUACGACACGGUGCUGUACGGCGCUCACAUCGACGCGGUGUACAGCGCCAUGCUCAUACACCUCGAUGAUACUGACGAAGGAUUCCGGAAACAAAUGCUUGAGGCUCUGAUAAAGCUCAGCGACAUAGACCCGCCGCUUCUUAUGAAGAAAGUGAAGUCGAAUAUUCAUAUUUACAGGAAUAAAGCGGCUUAUGAACGAUUAUCUAGUCACCUUGAAAAGUUAUUACUUACUACGGCAAAUAAUUCUUAA